CUCUCCCCGCUCUCCCUUAGGUAGGCCGCUUGGACAGGAAAACGAUAACGGUUGCUUUCACUCUAACAGAUACAAAAGACAAUAAACAAAGGCUGGAUAUUCCGAUAUUUGAACAAGAUAUUCCAUACACAAACUCUGCGUAUGAAUACAAGCAGUGCACCUAUACUGAUAGCAAUGGCAACCUCGAGAACACGAUUUCCAGUCAUUGUUUCUCUGCAGCGAAGCAAGGGGAUAUGGAAACCGAAGCAAAUGAUUCAGAUCAUUUCAGUUCCGAUAUCGAAGACGCUGAUUUUCUGGAGGCUAUCCAUGGUCAGACCGAAGCCUACAACUUUUGUCCUGGGGAACUCACAACAGACGCUGCCCCGGUUAUGGGCGCGACAGAUGAAGUCGAGCAUGAACUCAAGCUUCAUGAAUCAGCAGAGAUGGUCUACAUGGAGCUCAAAGAAUACUUCACAGACGACUCAGACGAACUUUCCUUGGAUGCCGACAUUACUCCAUCUCAGCUAAUAAGUGCUGAAGGCUCGGGGGAAGUCACAUAUGACGAUAACUGUUCCCAGUAUGCUGAUGCGGCCAUCUUUGACGAUCAAUUUCAAGAUGCCCCUACAUUUGGACACUUGCAAGACUACCAGGCUGGAUGUCCUCCCAAAUAUGGACAGUAUGAGUCAAGUGAAAUCAAACAUGACACUAUCUCGGAAGGAAACACUACUUUCUAUUCAAAUAAUGAUUCAAAUGGACCGAUGGCGUCUCAAGAUGACUCAAUGACGGAAAAUAAACCCGCUGGCGAAACUGAUAGAGUAGACCUCAUCCGGCAUGGCCCGCUCCCAAAGUACAAACAGCCCUUCCAGUUUCCUGGGAAAUGCAACGGUUCUCCUGUAUCAAAUGCGAAAUUGGGACCCUUUCCCGGUCCUCAAGAUGAGGUCAGGGAGCUGCGACAGCCUUUUCUUCGCCCACCGUUUCCUUGUCCUGUCCCCAUCGGCUCUCCGAUACAAGGCCUGACUUCUGCUCAUACAAUUCUUCGCACAUGUUUUCGAAUCGGGGAGGCACUAAAGGUGCAUUUUACGCGGCCCUCCUCUUCCCCUUUAUGUCCACGUUCCACAAAUGAGCUCAUGGAAAAGAGGAGCCAGAAAGCCAAUAUGUCGGCCAGUAUUCCCUCUACAGCAUUUAUGCUUAUUGAGCUCUAUGCAUUUGUUACCGAAUCCUAUCGCAUAAGGAAUAAGCAAUUUUUCAAAUUCGCAGACUUGUUCUUUCCAUUCCAACCACCUUAUCUGUCGGGUGUAUGGGAAUGCUGGGAAGGCAACCCACUGUAUGAUGAGGAUGGCAGACGUUUCCUUGGACCAUGUGGUAGACAAUGGAGGCGUGGUAUUAAUGUCCCUCCAAUCCAGCUUGUUCAUGCCGACUCCGCAAACGAUUUCAACGAUGAUGCAGCAGGCCAAGGCUCAGCUGGAAGAUUAUGCAGGGUAAUCGGGAGCUUGAAGAGUAGGGACCAUGCACUACAGGUUAAGCCAGAUGAAUUGCUACCAGGAUCAGUGCUCCCAUUCAUGGAGAUCUAUAGCAUAUGGCAUGCUACAUGGGAAGAUGUCGACUAUGUGAAAGGAAUUGUCCAGGAAUAGGACGAGAUGUUCCGAAAAGUGCUUGUUUACCUAAUUUAUGAUUGUCCUCAGUGCGAUCACGAGAAAAC